GGCAGGAAGAAAGCUUUCAUUUGCGGCAUCAACUACUUUGGAACCAGCGCGAAGCUCAACGGUUGUAUCAACGACGCAAAGUGCAUGGAGUACCUGCUCAAGUCCAAAUUUGGGUUCAAGCAGGAGAACAUCCUGAUGAUGACUGAUGACUGCCCCGACCCAAUGCGCCGCCCCACGCGCGCCAACAUGUUCCAGGGCUUCCGGUGGCUCACCAUGGACAUGCGGCCCGGUGACUCGCUGGUCUUCCACUACAGCGGGCACGGCAGCCAAACGCGGGACUACAGCGGGGAGGAGACGGAUGGCAUGAAUGAGACGCUGUGCCCGAUGGACUUCCGCCAGGCAGGCGAGAUUGUGGACGACGAGCUCAACCGCUGCCUCAUCAACCCGCUGCCCACGGGCGUCAAGCUGCACUGCAUCAUCGAUGCCUGCCACAGCGGCAGCGUGAUGGACCUGCCCUUCCAGGCGCAUGUGCGAGGCGGUUAUGCGCAGUGGGAGGCAUCCUACCACUUCACCAGGGCGCACAAGGGCACAGCCGGCGGCUUUGCGGUGCAGUUUGGGGCAUCCAAAGACUCGCAGACGGCGGCAGACACC